AUGCCCCGAAACUGGAUCGCAGUGGACCUUGACCGGCGUGUCUGGCUCGAGGGUGCAGGCAGACUCGAUGACUGGUUCUCGAACUGCGCCGCCCUCACGCUAGAGACCCUCCGAAUCCCCUGCGUAAAUGACAAAAUCGACAGCAUGCUCUGCGGCCGCUUCGCCCACCAGCGCACAGCGCCGCUCCUCCGCCUACCCCCCGAGCUGCUGCACGAGAUCCUCAGCGCACUGAAUCCAACAGGCGCGUACGCUCCCGCAGUCUUCCUCUUCGCCACCACCUGCAAGCUGGCCCUCGCCCUCGCGCAGCCGCACAUCGCACGUCUGCAGCGCAGCCACUACGCCCCGCUCGCCGGCCACCGUCUCGUCUGCCUCGCCGAUGGCCCCGGCACGCUCGCGCACUGCCCCGCGGGGUUCUUCACCCCCGCAGAGGCGUGCGCCCUCGGCGGCGCGCCCGACACGCCGCUGUACGGGCUUAUCCGGAAGGCGUGGUCGCGGUAUACGCCUGAUCCGCCUGCGCUCCUGCGCCCGACCGAUAUAUUGUGGCGUCCUCGCGCGGUGUCGCGGAUCUCCAUGGGUGCUCUGUAG